CGCCUUUGCCUGAGCUUAGUUGUCAUGACGGCAGGCACGCCGCAAUAAAGGAGAAACAAGAAAGGCUGAGAAGAACGAAGCCUGACUUGCACAGCUAUAUUCAUCGACUGCAAUCAGAGGCAUCGCGCAUCAUGCUGACGAAGAGAUUCUCCAUGCGGUCUUUAAGUGCUCCAAACCUGGCAGUGCAAUCCACUGAAGAUCUGACCCCUUGUACCUCAUGUGAGACUGAAAGAAAAGAAGGUGCCGCUGAGGAGGUGCUGCCGUCAGAUGCAACAGCAAAAAGCAGCGGGUCACAACUGUGUGAGCACAGAGGAGGCAAACAUGUCUAUGAGAAUGGAGAAAGCAUAGCAUCCUUUUCUACUGGUAGCUCCAAUGGAGCGGCAGAGACUUUUUUAGCCAUGGAGACUACUGAACCAAGCCCAGUUCAUUUUAAUGGCCAAAGUGGGCUGGAAAAUUGUGUUCACUGCAGUGACUCUGAUGAACAGGAGAAUAAACUGAGUCCCUCAAAGAUCAUGCGUUUUUUCUCCACACCACAGAAACGAACAAGUUCCAACUGUGAGAGGCCACGUUCCCUCAUCAUGACUGGCACCUCCACCACUUGGAAUGCACUGUCUUCCUUGAGGAAAAUGGGCUCUUUCAAAAAGCUCAAGUCUUCUGUAUUCCAAGGAAUUCAGGAUAAGGAGACUUCGGACGUAUUAAAUGAAGGAAACCUAGCUAACAAGCAGGCUAUCAAUGGUGUUUGUUUCAGGGUACAAAACAGUCAUUUUUCAUACUCUGGUACUGUACCGGAUUUGAAGGGCACAGGGGAUGGGUUAACAUCAGAUGGGUCUGAUGUGGAAGAAAGAGAUGAUUCCUUCCUCAGGAAUACUCAUCGCUCCCUGAGUAUUCGUCGAGCAUAUGGAACUGGACGAAUUAAUUUGCUGGAUGGAAACAAAGGAGAUGGCCACACUAACUGCAAAAGGUCCUUGUCACCUAUUGCAGGUGAAAUUGAGAUCUGCGAACUCCCCAAGAAGGAGGUGGAGAACAUUAAAGUAGUUUAUCGACGAAGUAAAAGCACUGAUAACCUUAACUUUCUUAGGAAAACCUCCUUUAAGCGGAAGUCGACCUCCAAUCUUGCUGAACUCAAAGCAACAAAUGAAAGCCAAAGAAUAGAGAGAACUGUAAGCACUUCAUCCAUGGACUUGGAUAAAAUUAAUAGUGGUUCAGAAAGACGGUCUAAAAGGUGGAAAAGCCCAAUCCGAGCAAAAGAUUUUGACCGAGUGUUUAAACUGGUUAGCAAUGUAACAGAUUCUGCCAAGAAAAAAGAAAUUCUUCCAAAUGAUCAGACAAGCAGGGUGAGGCCAAAUAGUCGGUUGCAUGAUGACUAUUCAAGACGAGCCUCUUGUUCCAGUGAACAAGAGCGGAAACGUUGCCUCUCUCCUACCAGAAAUCCAGUGAAAUCUCAAACUAGUGAAAAUCUCCAAAAUGAAGUUAGCAUUUUGCAGUCAGAUUUGCCGGUUUCUGAUGACACUGGCAAGGAGGUUCAGCCCUGCCUUAGCCCAGAUGUCAAUAGCCCACUCAGUCCUUUCAGCCCUUCCAGUGAUAAUAAUGAGGUGUUCUUUUCAGAAUCCAGCUGCGAACCUAAAAGUGAUUCUCAUUUUAUCUUUGAAGCAGACCAGUCUGUCACACCAUCAAGACCAACAGCUCCCAAACCUCAAAGCCCGAGCACUGAAAAAGUCAAAUGUAACAGUACUUUGCACUCUCACAAUCGGCACAGCACAUUAUCACUAAGUUCAAUGGACAGUGAUGGGAAAGCCGAGGGACAUGUCCCCAAGAUUGGAAAAAGUCCAGUAUCUUUUCAGGAUUUAGUACAUACAGUUUAUUAUGAUGAUGCAAAUGAAGACAGUGGAAUAAGCAGUCAUUCUCAGCUCAGCUUGAACAUGGGUUCUGGGUGUGAAGAAAAGAAAGAGGAGGUCACUGCGGAGGAAGAGUGGAGAAAGUCACAGUCACUUGAAGCAGAGAACACAGAUGGACAGAAGGUGACUCCCAGACGAUGGGGAUCCAGCAAAAACAAGACUCGACCCAGGCCUCUUUCAGACUACGGUCAGUUAACUGUCAGAAAGUUUUCCAUACCUGAACACAGUAUUGCAGUGGAGUCCCAAGACAUGGAAUGCAUGGAUGGAGAAGAAAAGUCUUUGAAAUGUGCCCUCACAGAGACACAAUCAACAAGUGCUAAUCAGAAGAGCCGAAAACGAAGGCCAAUCUCUGUCAUUGGUGGAAUUGACUUGUACUCUCGUCCCAAGACUGGUGAAAUGGAAGCUCUUCUGGCACAACAACCAGUUCAAAGACCACCACCUCCAUCGCACCAGGUUCCACCUUACAAAGCCAUAUCAGCCAGAUUUCGCCCUUUCACAUUUUCUCAAGAUACCCCUAUUGGUUUGGAUCGAGUUGGACGUCGAAGGCAAAUGAGAGCUUCUAAUGUUUCUGCUGAUGGAGUUACAGAGUCUUCAACACUAACAGAUGAUAAUGCUAGUGAGGAAGACUACAGCUUUGAAGAGAUGUGCCAGGCUAAUUCCAGGUAUCUUCAACCAGGAGGUGAACAGUUAGCAAUAAAUGAGCUUAUAGGUGAUGGCAGUACUGUAUAUGCUGAAGCAUUAUGGGAUCAUGUGACAAUGGAUGAUCAGGAGCUGGCUUUCAAAGCUGGUGAUGUCAUUCGAGUCCUUGAUGCCUCCAAUAAAGAAUGGUGGUGGGGAAUGAUUGAUGAUAAGGAGGCGUGGUUCCCUGCUAGCUUUGUCAGGCUUCGAGUAAAUCAAGAAGAUUCUGUUGUAGAAAGUGUUGAACAUGCCCUGAGUGAAGAGCAGGACAUCUCCUCUAGUAAAUUAAGGCAUAAGACCGCAGAAAAUAAAGACCAAAUGAGGGCCAAUGUUAUAAAAGAAAUUAUGAACACAGAAAGAGUCUACAUCAAACACUUGAAGGACAUCUGUGAGGGAUAUAUCAGACAGUGUCGCAAGCACACAGGCAUGUUUAAUGAAGCACAACUCAAUACUAUUUUUGGAAACAUUGAAGAUAUUUACAGAUUCCAGAGAAAGUUCCUGAAAGAUCUUGAGAAACAGUAUAAUAAAGAAGAGCCUCAUCUGAGUGAAAUUGGCUCAUGCUUUCUUUUCCAUCAAGAAGGGUUUGCCAUCUAUUCAGAAUACUGUAAUAAUCACCCCAGUGCUUGUGUGGAGCUGGCAAAAUUGGUGAAGCACAGCAAAUACCGACACUUCUUUGAGGCAUGCCGCCUGCUUCAGCAGAUGAUCGAUAUCGCUAUUGAUGGCUUUCUUCUUACUCCUGUGCAGAAGAUCUGCAAAUACCCACUUCAGCUGGCUGAACUGCUAAAAUAUACAACUCCAGAGCACAAUGACUACCAGAACAUCUCUGCAGCUUAUGAAGCUAUGAAAAAUGUCGCUUGUCUCAUUAAUGAGAGGAAAAGGAGACUGGAGAGCAUAGACAAGAUCGCUCACUGGCAGGUCUCCAUUGUGGGCUGGGAGGGAGAAGACGUCUUGGAAAGAAGCUCUGAGCUGAUUCAUUCUGGAGAACUAACCAAAAUUUCUAAGCAUGGAAAAACACAACAGAGGACAUUCUUUUUGUUUGACCACCAGCUCAUUUUAUGCAAAAAGGACAUUUUAAGACGGGAUAUGUUAUAUUAUAAAAGCCGGAUUGAUAUGGAUGAAAUGGAGGUCUUGGAUGUGGAGGAUGGCAGAGACAAAGAUUUUAGCAUCACAGUGAAAAAUGCUUUUAAGCUUCAACAUAAAGUCAGUAGUGAACUGUAUCUUUUCUAUGCGAAGAAGCCUGAAGACAAGGAGAAAUGGUUGCAAGCAUGUAGAGAUGAAAGACGAAGAGUGCAGGAGGACAAGGAAAUGGGAAUGGAAAUAUCAGAAAACCAGAAGAAGCAGGCCAUCUCAAAUGCCAGAAAAUCAAGGCAAGGAAAGAUAAAAGGUGUGAGUUAUAAUGGCUGCCCUGUGCCUCCACCUCAUCAAGGUCUUCAUCCAAUACAUCAGCGUCACAUCACUGUGCCAACAAGCAUUCCUCAACAACAGGUUUUCUCCUUGGCAGAACCCAAACGCAAACAAGCUCCCUUCUGGCACACCUUCACCAAACUUACUCCAUUUAGGAAGUGAUCGGCCUUGUGGAUCCACCAAUUGACAUUGUCAGCAGUGCUGUGGUAGACAUUCAGAACGGGCAUGUGAAGAAAAUAUUUUAAGAAAUCAGCUGGCGUACAUGAAAGAUUAUGGGUUGAUGCAUGGAGCAAAGCAGGCAGUUAUUUGCUGUGAAGUUCAUGGAUGGCCAGUAUAUUCUUAUUGCACGAAAAAAACAUUCAGUGUGCUGUGCUGAGCAACGUUACUUAUGUGUUCUGUAUUAAGUUUUGUUUUCGAGGCUGGACCCUUACUACAUACUGUACAUGUAAUGCUAUUUAUAAGUGUCAGUACAUGUAAAUAAAAUGCACAAAUAAAUAUGGCAGAGUUAACCAGACUGACGAGUCCACAAGUCUUCCCACUGUCACAGACCGCUUGAAAGUGUUCACUGGUAGUAGAAGCCCUUGAAAGACCAAAGUGCUACAAUUCCCUUUUUUUCUGGCUGAAAUAUACUAUUUUUUCUUUAUUUAACAGAGCCUUACCUAAUUUUUAUUACUCUAUUUUCCAAAGGUUUUAUACAUAAUUGUAUAAUAAGCAUUAGGCAGGUGGCCCGUCACACAGGACUCACAGUAUGUGCUUUCUCGUAUUUGUGUCCUUUAGGCCUCAUUCUUCUAGAAGACCUUGUGCUGGUUUAUAGAAAUAAGCUGGGCCUGCUCAUGUGAAGCGCACCUUUGCUUUGCUGAGCUGUUGAACCCACGUGGCGUUCAAGGAGGCCUCUGGGUGAGAUGUGCUGACUGUUACUUUAGUACAAGGGCUGAGCACAGGGAUCCAGCCUGCUUUGUGUGUGUGUGUGUGUGUUUUAUUUACAGUAGUAGAAGCCCUUUCCAAGUGUAAUGUGGACACAUCACAUGAAGGUAAAGCUUGAAGUUUGUGUUCAAAACACAAAAUGUAAAUGUAUGUCCAAUUUGAAAUUAAGCAUUUCUUUGUUGUGACCUAUGGGCAAGCACUAAAUAAGUGAUUAGAGCUGAGACAAUGCCUCGAUUUAACAAUUUGAUGAUAAUGUCUGCCUCAUGUUGAGGGGCAUGAAGUGUUGAUACCUUUUUGUAGUAAUGUGCUGGGUCUUUAAUGAUUUGUAACAUUAAGGAUGCAGUAUUUAAUUUGCGCUUUUGGAAUCUGAACUGCUUAUGCAUAGCAAGUAAACAAGAAGCAGCCUCAGGCCCACAUUUGGACCAGUGUGGUGAUGGCAGGUUUUGUUACGUAACUAACUGUGGAAUCACCUUCUACUGGUGACAGGUGUGCUUCUUAAUGCUGCAUUUGCUUUUGCGAAUGAUUUCUACGAGAUUCAUCAUGAACUCUGCCGUUGUCGUUGAUGUUCAGUGUUCUGUUCUUAAGCGUCUUUCAAAUGCUGGCCAGUUUAAUAAGUGAAGGGUCCCCUGAGCAGUAUUCCAGUCUUUAUCAUUUGAUCCAAAUGUAUUCUCCCACCAGACGCUCUAAAAAUAAAUGGAUAAGGUAUGCCAUUUGGAGUCCUCAAGCUCAUGGUUCACAUCCCUGCUCUAAACUAAAGAGCUCUUCUUUGAAAUUCCUAGCAUAGAGCUAUCCAAAGAUGAAAGAUUUUGUCAUUGUUCAAUUAUAAAACACAGGAUGUAAUGGACCAUAACUUAGGUAAAUUACAAAUUGCAAGUUCUUCAAUUUCAUAAGUGGAUUCCAUUGAAUUCUGGUGUUACGUUGAUUCUUCCUUCUCCUCAUCAGGCUCCAUUGCCUCAUUCAAAGAAUACGACAGUCCUGAACACGGACUUUACAUGGUGCAUCGGCGGGGUGUGUGUGUCACGAGUAAAGGGUGGGUUUGCCAAAUGUAAUACAAGGCGGGUAUUUGUACAAAACCAUGGCAACCCUUAAAGAUGAAGAGCCCAUGUUUCGAAAUGUCUUGUGGGUAGAAAACCAGUGCGAUCCUCCCCGAUUCUUUGAGCACGUAACAGUGUUACCUCCCUCUGCUGAGGAUUAUUUAGAUUUUCGUUGCAGGAACCAAAGUGCACAUCGUGAAAAUCAGGAAUAAUAAUCUUGUUCGAUUAUAGCAAUAAAAUGUGGAAUUAGUGUUCAGCUUGAUCAGGUCAAGUGUUUUUUUGCAGAUGUUAAUCAUUGUUCAACUUGGACUUGCGUCUUCAAAGAAGAGGUGCAAUUUGUUUUGUUGCUGUUGUAGAUAUCCAAUUUCCUAAAACGUAAGUGGGUCUUUGUUUAUGUCAAACAUUUUGUAGAUACGCACAGAAGAUUUUUUUUGUGAUUAUUUUCACAACUUCUAAACAGCAGACCACCUUUAUGAGGUGAGUGGUCCUAGUAAUGUUUUACUUUGCAGCAGUUACAGUUGUUUACGAGUGAAGUGCUGGGCGCACGAACGCCCCUUGUGUCAGCGGUGGGAUUAUUAUUAGCAUUAUCGUCGUCAUGAUUAUCAAAACUUCCUUCUAAAAUUUGGGUAACUCUGCCUUGUAACCAUGUAAUAUUAACAUAACUGUUUGAAGCUGCAUAUUCACAAAAGUAUUGAAAGCUCGUGGUCAGUCGCCAUAAAAGCCUCCCGAUUUACUGCCACUCUGUCUUAUUGUUUUUAUUUUUUAGAUAUUACUGAAUCAUUUGUAAUGUAUAUGAAACUGUAUGUAAAUAAGAUGAAUCUAUUAUCCAUUUUUGGCA